GGUGCGGUGUCAUGGAGGCUCAGUCUCCGAGCAGCCAUUGAAGGGGAAGGAACUGAGGGUGUGUGUAUGUGUGUGCGUGUGAGUGCGCGCGCGAGUGUGUGGACAAGGAGGUGGGGGCAGCCGAGUUAGAGUCCCAACUCCUUGGACUCCAUUUGCGAUUCUCUUCUUUCUUUCCCAUACCUAUCUGGUGGUGGUGGGCGUUUAUAUUUGCCUUUCUUUUCAUUCAUUUCCAAAUCUUUUAAAAAUUUAGGGUUGGGGGUAGUGGGAAAGGCAGGAAAAGGUAAGGGAGGAGAGUGGUAGCAGAAGAGCAGGAGGAGGACAUGGAGAUGAAGAAGAGGAUUAACCUGGAGUUAAGGGACAGAGCCCCGGAGGAGGUAACAGAAUUGGUCCUUGAUAAUUGCCUCUGUGUCAAUGGGGAAAUUGAGGGCCUGAAUGAUACUUUUAAAAAACUAGAGUUUCUGAGUAUGGCUAAUGUGGAACUAAGUUCACUGGCCCGGCUGCCCAGCUUAAAUAAACUUCGGAAGUUGGAACUUAGUGAUAAUAUAAUUUCUGGAGGCUUGGAAGUCCUGGCAGAGAAAUGCCCAAAUCUUACCUACCUCAAUUUGAGUGGAAACAAAAUCAAAGAUCUCAGUACAGUAGAAGCUCUGCAAAAUCUUAAAAAUUUGAAGAGUCUUGACUUGUUUAACUGUGAGAUCACAAACCUGGAAGAUUACAGAGAAAGUAUUUUUGAACUGCUGCAGCAAAUCACAUACUUAGAUGGAUUUGACCAGGAGGAUAAUGAAGCACCAGACUCAGAAGAGGAGGAUGAUGAGGAUGGAGAUGAAGAUGAUGAAGAGGAAGAGGAAGAUGAAGCUGGUCCACCUGAAGGAUAUGAGGAAGAGGAGGAGGAAGAAGAGGAGGAUGAGGAGGAGGAUGAAGAUGAAGCAGGCUCAGAACUGGGAGAGGGAGAAGAGGAGGUGGGCCUCUCAUACUUGAUGAAAGAAGAAAUUCAGGAUGAAGAAGAUGAUGAUGACUAUGUUGAAGAAGGGGAAGAAGAAGAAGAAGAAGAGGAAGAAGAAGGUCUUCGAGGGGAAAAGAGGAAACGAGAUGCUGAAGAUGAUGGAGAGGAAGAAGAUGACUAGAUCAUUCUAAGACCAGAUUCCCUAAUGUUCCUGGGUGUGCAAUAGAGUGAUCACAUCUUCUUUGUUUCUUCUUGUAUGAUAGCUAUCCCUACAGAAUAUAAUGUGUAACUUUUUAUAGGAAAAGUGUGGUUUUACUAUUUUUGCCUUAUCAUUCCAAAUAAGAUAACUAGUCUGUUAAUGAUCAUAUUGUAUGUAGAGAAAAAUUUUCAUUGACCCGCCCAUUGUGAAAUUCCCUAGCCAUUUAUUUAGAAUCUUAAUUUUUCUAAUUAAAGCUCAUUGUAUUAGUCAUUUUUAGCAUAAUUAAAAUAUGAUCGCUUUUACACAGGCAUAGUAUGGUGCAUUUCAUUCAUAGGGUUUUAAAGUUAUUUAUAAAUUCAGUGAAAUCACAGUUGGCUGAAAUCUGGAAUGAAAAUAGUCUCUUGAAUGAUAAGUUGGUUCUUUUUUUAGAGGCAACCCAGAGAUCUUUAGUUUGAAGGCAAUGCCUUUUUUUUGGCUGAGGGUAAUUGAGUGCAUUUUUGUCACAUGAGUAGCUUGGAAAGUAGGAGCAGAAUAGUAAAGGUUCUAUUCAACAAUAAGUUCUUGGCAUUUGUGGAGCCUUCUAAAACCUUUUAAGCUAGGUGACUAAGAAGAUUUUUGUUUUUAAGGAAAAAUUGCUUUUACUGAAUUGAGAGACAUGUAGGUGAGCCCUUUCUUGUUCCAGUUGAUGAUCACGACCUGCCAACGGUUGUUAUUUUAAGUGUGCACUCUUGUUUUCCUCUCAGUGAUUCUCUUAUGAUCACCUCCCUUUCUUGUUUCACUCCCUUCCCUCUUCUCAAAAAACAGUUGGGAAACAGGGACACCCAGGAUGACUCUGUUUUAUACCUCAACCACCUUGUCAGACCUGUCUCAGUCUUAAACAAGCUAAGUGAAAGAAACUGAGUGUUUUCUGAAAUACAAAUAUUAUUAUCAAUACAGUUUUAUGCAACAGACUCUGCUUACUGUAAAUCUUUCUUGACAAGAUGUACAGACUGUAUUAGGAAGAUGGAGAAAGAAAAGAACGGAGGAGACUCUUGGAAGCAGCACUGUGUUCCUCAAAAGUCAGAACAAUUGCCUGGUGAUAAUGAGACAUUCAAAUCAGAUUAGCUUUCCAAAUGAUUUAGAUACCAUGCUGCAAAGCAUGGGCUUCCCAGGUGGCGCUAGUGGUAAGGCGCCAGUACAGGAAACAUAAGAGAUGCAGGUUUGAUCCCUGAGUUGGGAAGAUCCCCUGGAAGAGGGCCUGGCAACCCACUCCAGUAUUCUUGCCUGGAGAAUCGCAGGGACAGAGGGGCCUGGGUGGCUAUAGUCCAUAGGACUGCAAAGAGUCAGACAUGACUGAAGCGACUUAACGCACACACUGCAAAGUAGUUCUAAUUUUUCUGAGUAGAACCUUUAUUCUUUGUAUAGUUUUAAAGCAUUAUUACCAGUUAUAACAUUUAAUUGGAAUACACUGGACAGCUGGGAAAAUAUUUGAAACUAAAUCAAUAUUAAGAUUUGUUUUCAGGUAGAUGUCUAUUAAAAUAGAAACAUUUGGGAUAACCGAGUGUGUGUGUCUUAUACAACUACUAAAUAUAAUAUGAAUAGGCAAGUACAUCUUUGUUUUUUGUUGUGGAGGCUCCAUGUUCAAGGCAAUUGCUUUCUUAAUUUUGGCUAGAUAAAAAAAUUUUCCCUUUGUUUUGAAUAUGUGUAAGUUUUUAAAACGUAUCAGCAAAUUAGUUGGUUACAUUUUCAUACUGGGACACAUUUAAAUUACUGAGAAUAGUAUUACUUCUUUCUUAGUUUAAAAUGUAUGACAGGGUUUUAAAGUAAAUUGCAAAGUUAUUUCUGGAUAAACUAAAAAAGCUGCAUAACUGAAAUAAAACUGUUGAGAUAAGUUUAGUUGGGGGGUUUGAAUCUCCAAAAGGCUAACAUUUUACUCCUUUUUAACAAUUGUAAUACCCUGUUUUAGUCCCUAAGAAUUCUUAUUGCAUAAUAUGCCAGAUUAUAAGAUACUUUAAAAGUUAAAUCUAUAUAUUGCCUUUCUUAUCAAUCAUCUUAUUGUGCAAUCGAAAUGAUCAAAAUUAAGAGUUCUUUGGUUUGAAAACAACGCUUAGAGCCUCCAAAUAACUUUUUAAGAGUUAUUUAGCUUUGUGGGUGAUAUUUUCAUGCAAAUAAGUAAGGGUGGGUUUUAUAUUUUGUAGAAGUUUUUGGUCCUAUUUUAAUGCUCUUUGUAUGGCAGUAUGUAUAUAGUGUGUUAAAUUCCUCAAGACCCUCCUUGAAAACUUUGAAGUUAAUACUUUUGUGCAACUGUGUUUUGAAUAAAGCCAUGACAGUGUUAAAAACAUAAAAAGGCAGUACUGAUUAUUAUUUUAUUGUUUCUGACCCCUGUUUUUUUCUGUGACUGCUGUAAUUUAAAGUUUUUGAAAAUGAAUUGCUUCAAAUAAAUUGAAGAGUUGUUACUGAUUA